AUGGCCAAGUACACUCCGCGACAGCGAAAACAGAAACACCGGCGCCCAGAGCCUGCUGCGCCGGCAGACACCAAUGCGGUGGAGCUAGCGCCCGUCUCCAAAGAUGAGAAAGAGGCAAGAAGACAAAAAUUACGAGAAGAGCUUCGAGAGCAACAUUCAAAUGUCUCGUCCAAGAAGCAGAAGCGCUUGGAUAAAUAUAUUGAAAACAAAUUGAAGAAAGAAGAGAACCUCGAGCUGCUAAAGAAAUUGGCUAGUGCAAAUGUGGAUGUUUCGAACCUCCAGAGUAUUAAGGAAUUGGGCAAGCGAAAGCGAGAAGACGAGAAGGUCUCGGUGACUACACAGGAUGCCCCCGGAUAUGAGACCGAUGAUUCCGAUGCCGAUAUCAAAACUUCCGAUCCUGCGACAGAUCCUGUACCUGCACCAAAACCCCAAACACCACAACUUCCUGCCGGUAGCGGAUUGAAGCGCCCUCUAGAGCUUGGGCCUGAUGGAUUUCCAAUCAUAAAAAAACGAAAGCGCACCGCUAAGCCCGCUCCCGUUGCCGCGCCGGUGAAGGAGGUUGCAUGGGAAGGUUUCGGCUCCGGGGAGGAGGAUUCCGACAACGAUGAGGAUGACAGUUCAGAGGGCUCUGAAAACGAUUCUGGCUCCGAAGACAUCGAUGAAGAUGAAGACUCGGGAGAAUCAUCUGAAGGCAGCUCAAACGAUGAGGAUGAAGACGACGAAGAUGAUGGGGCAGAGAAAAAAAUUAAGCCGAGGCAGUCUGCUUUUAAAUCUUGGGCUAUACAAAAAAUCAAUGAGGUUGUUGGCUUUCAGCCUACCACCGGCCCGGUGAUUCAUGACCAAGUGCAGGACGCUUUCGCAGCCCCUAGGAAAGAACCCCGAAAUACGGUUGAAGAAGAAGAGCCCCUUCCUGCGGAGCUACAAGUAACUAGUGGAGAUCCUUACCGAAAGGCUUUCAGCGUUCAAGUUGAUCGUUCAGAGGAGAUUCAACAAGCUCGUCUUGGAUUGCCGGUGGUGGGUGAGGAGCAGAAGAUCAUGGAAGCGAUUCAUAAUAACUCAACUAUCGUCAUCUGGGGUGCUACUGGUUCCGGAAAGACGACCCAGCUUCCACAAUUCCUGUUUGAGUCUGGCUUCGGUUCUCCGGAUAGCCCGAACCCUGGUCUCAUUGGUAUCACACAGCCUCGGCGAGUCGCUGCUGUCAGUAUGGCCAACCGUGUUGCUCAGGAACUUGGCCAGCACUCGGACCGGGUUUCUUAUCAGAUUCGAUUCGAAAGUACAGCUUCUAAGAAUACGGCCAUCAAGUUCAUGACGGAUGGUAUUCUACUCCGCGAGAUUGCAGAUGACUUUGCUUUGCGGAAGUACUCCAUUGUCAUUAUUGAUGAAGCGCACGAGCGCAGUGUGAACACUGACAUUCUCAUUGGAAUGGUCAGCCGUAUUGUGGACUUGCGCAAAUCGAUGAGCGAGGAAGACCCGUCCGUUAAGCCAUUGAAGGUGGUCAUCAUGUCCGCCACUCUUCGAAUCUCAGACUUCACUGAGAACCGAGGCCUCUUCCGCCAAGGGCCCCCGCCUUUGGUUCAGGCAGAAGGUCGUCAGUACCCUGUGACUGUCCACUUUGCCCGUCGCACACAUCGUGAUUAUGUCGAGGAGGCCUUCCGCAAGGUCUCUAGGGGUCAUCGCAAACUUCCUGGUGGUGGAAUGCUCGUGUUCCUUACAGGGCAAAAUGAAAUUAGACAGUUGUCCAAGCGCCUGAAACAAGCAUUCAAACCUACUCAGCGGGCGGAUACCACACAGGCGAGAGUGCAAUUUACGGCCAACGACGCGCCUCUAGAAGCCGAAGAUCUAGAACUCGGUGGUACUGAGAUGCACAAUGACGGCUACGAUGACGAUAGUGAUCUCGAGAUUACGGGAUUAGAUGAGCCAGAGGAUGAUGAAGAUUUUGAUCUUGGAGAGGAGGCUAUGGACUCUUCGACGAAGGUCCAUGUUUUGCCCUUGUAUUCACAACUACCGACAAAAGAGCAGAUGAAGGUCUUUGAGGCACCACCUGAUGGCUCCCGUCUCAUUAUUCUUGCCACGAACGUUGCUGAGACUUCUCUUACUAUUCCCGGAAUUAAGUACGUCUUUGACUGCGGUCGAGCCAAGGAAAAGCAAUUCGACCUCUUCACCGGCGUGCAAAGCUUCCAGAUUGGCUGGAUCAGCAAGGCUAGUGCAAGCCAAAGAGCUGGUCGAGCUGGUCGAACAGGACCUGGUCAUUGCUAUCGGAUGUAUUCUUCAGCGGUAUAUGAAGCCGACUUCGCUGAAUACACUGAUCCUGAAAUCCUUCGCACUCCCAUCGAAGGAGUUGUACUUCAGAUGAAGAGUAUGGGGCUACACAAUGUGAUCAAUUUCCCAUUCCCUACACCCCCAAGCCGACAAGGACUUGCCAAGGCAGAAAAGCUGCUCCGAAAUCUGGGUGCUCUCUCAUCUAAUGGUGAAGUAACACAGAUUGGCCGUCGUCUUGCAACAUACCCCCUCUCUCCACGAUUUGGCAAGAUGCUAUACAUUGGUCACCAGCACGGAUGUUUGCCCUAUGUGAUUGCCUUGGUAUCCGCUCUAGCUGUUGGGGAUCUGUUUGUCGCACAAACUGAAAUCGAUCCCAACGCCUUCUUAAAGUCGAAGCCCAAACCUCAAGUAAAUGACAGCGACGACAGCGAAGACGAUAGAAGAGUCUACACCAAUGCAGACCGCCUAGAGGAUACAGAGCGCGAGCAAAAGCUCAAAGCCUACGCCCGUGUGCACCGCCUUCUCGGCAAACACGACGAUACAUCUGACGCCCUUAAAUUCCUUUCUGCCAUCUGCGCCUACGCCUACGCUUCAGACGGUGAUGCCUUCAGUGAACAGAUGUUCCUUCGUGCCAAGGCUUUCAAAGAAGCGACUCAGCUCCGUCGUCAACUCACAGAUAUCGUACGUGCCAAUAAUCCAGGCUUAAUUGGCAACUUCGAACCUCGUCUCCCCGAGCCAUCCGCCAAACAAAUCAAAGCUCUCAAACAAAUCGUCACAGCCGGUUUCAUCGACCAUGUCGCUAUCCGCGCAGACCUCGCUCCAGUGCCUCCAGAAAUUCCCCGCGCACCCCGUCGCGCCAUUGAUGUUCCCUAUCUUACUCUAUUCCGCUCCCGGGAAGGCUCAAUGGACGACAUUUCAGAGCGCGCAGUUUUCGUGCAUCCUGCCUCGAUCAUGUCGGAGCUUUCACCUAAGGAAAUGCCACAAUAUAUUAUCUACUCCCAUCUGCAACAGUCAGCUGCUAGCGUGGUCGCAUCGGAUCAGACGCCUAAGAUUAGGAUGUUCCCUCUCGUCGCGCCAAGUGGGCUGCAGCUUGCAGCGCUGGCACAUGACACUCCACUUAUUGCGUAUGGCAAGCCUGUUGGUAAGACGGAUACAUUGGAAGGUAUUCCGCAACGGAGGUCAUGCUGGGUCAUUCCUUCUUUGGUCGGGGAUGGAGGUGGAACUGGAUGGCCACUACCUGCAAAGAAGGUCGUACAGAAAAAGGACCCCAAGGAAGGUUGGGUCAUUGAAAAGUUCGUUGGCUGA